AGGCGACGGCGGCGUCCUCCCUCCCUCCCUCCACCCCACCCCCGGUUGGGCGGGCCAGCGGCUGCGCGGCGCAGCCUGGCAGAGCUGCACGGGCCCGGCGUUUUUUUGCUGCUUCCCGGGAGCCGGCGCUGCAACCUGGCCGGGGGGCUGGAGAAUGAAGCAUGGCCGAGGACCCACAGAGAAAUUUCCGAUCUGUAUAUUAUGAAAAAGUGGGCUUUCGUGGUGUGGAAGAAAAGAAGUCAUUGGAAAUCCUUCUGAAAGAUGAUCGAUUGGAUAUCGAGAAGCUUUGCACAUUUAGUCAAAGAUUUCCUCUCCCAUCUAUGUAUCGAACCCUGGUGUGGAAGGUGCUUUUAGGUAUUCUUCCUCCCCAUCAUGAAUCUCAUACAUUUGUGAUGAAGUACCGCAAAGAGCAAUAUAAAGACGCAUACCAUGCCCUUCAAGUAAUUCGCUUUAUCAAUGAGUCGACCCCAGAAGUUGAGGUUUUCCUCCGAAUAUAUCAGCUGGAAUCGGGAAAACUACCUCGAAAUCCAUCUGUCCCAUUGGAACCUGAAGAUGAAGUAUUCCUUGCUAUUGCUAGGGCUAUGGAGGAAAUGGUGGAAGACAGCAUCGAUUGCUAUUGGCUCGUCAGUAGUUUUGUGAACCUGUUUAACAAUAAAUACAAGGACUCUUUACCCCAACUGCUAAAAUAUUUGGAACAGUCUUUGAGCCUUGAAGACAGCAGACUCCUAAAGCACCUGAAAUCAUGUUCAGCCAUGGGCCAACUUCCUUACAAUCUCUGGUUUAGGAAGUGUUUUGCUGGGUGUCUACCUGAAUCAAGCUUACAAAGGGUCUGGGACAAAGUGAUAAGCGGUUCCUGCAAAAUCCUUGUCUUUGUGGCUGUUGAAAUUUUGUUAACUUUCAAAAUGAAAUUGAUGGUACUGAAUAGUGCGGACAAGAUUGCCCAGUUUUUGGAAAAUAUACCUCAAGACAAUACGGAUGCAAUUGUGAGCAAAGCCAUUGAGCUGUGGCAUAAACACUGUGGAACACCUGCUCAUUCAGUCUGAGCCCUUGCUGACCACAGUUUUGUGUUAUCGUGUGUGCGUGUAUGUCUUUUGUGCACCCCUCUCCCUGGAAACACCAUAUUAAAAGUAUUUAAACAUU